CCAAUAGCAGUUGGUCGAAGAAAUUUACGUUGUGAUACCAAAGUGACGCGAUAGAAUGGAGAAACUUUAAUAAAAUAAGCUUAGUCACGAAAUUUAGAAUUUCUGAUGAAAGUGACUCGUAGAGACUCUUAAUAUCGAAAUCAUAACUGUGACGAAUUGGUGGUACUGAAUGAUGACUUUUGAAUGGGCACGUGCAAAAAUUCUUGUACCAUUUGAAUUCUCAUCGAUGACUUCGUGAACGAUCUACUUUAUCGGGAAAAUAAAGAAAGAAAAACACAGAGGAAACGAAAAGGAUAUACACAAAAUCGUCGCAAGAUGCUCGCCUUCAUUUUAUCUUCGGUCAUCAUCAGUCUGCUGGCAUUAAUCAUUAACUUGAGACUGCAGAAAUCUGCUCAUUUGCCUCCCGGACCAUUCCAAUGGCCCAUCAUCGGAAACCUUCGCUUCAUUCGAAAACUAAGUCGUCAAUAUCGUGGACAGCAUAGGGCAUUCAUCGAGCUCUCCCGUCGCUAUUCGAGCAAUCUUAUCUCAAUCGCUUUUGGCAGAUCAAGUAUCAUAGUUGUAUCUGGUUUUGAAGACAUCCAGAAGGUUCUUACUUCGGAAGCGUUUGACGGUAGGCCGUGGAACGAAUUCAUCAAAGUGAGGAACAUGGGCCUCAAAAAAGGUAUUUCGUUGGCGGAUGGUCCUGAGUGGAGGACUGUUCGAGCUUGGCUCGUUAAAUCACUGCGACAAAUUGGAUUUGGAGGUGCCGACAUGUCGGCCUCGUUGCUUGAAGAACUCCAGAAGAUACUCGAAAUUACAAAAGAUGGGGGAGUUUUUUGCGUGAAAUCUCUCAUAUCAGAGGCUACGAUUAAUAUCAUUUGGACGUUGAUUGCCGGGAAAAGAAUUUCAAACAAGAAGAAACUUCAGCAUUUUCUCGAAUUGAUGAAACGACGAUCCGAAGCGUUCGACAUGGCUGGAGGAUUAUUAUCGAUGUUCCCUUGGGUCCGUUACGUAGCCCCCGAAGCUUCCGGCUACAAUCUCCUCAUGACCUUAAACAACGAGUUAAAGAGCUUUCUAAUGCAAGAAAUUGAAGAACACAAGAAAAAUUAUACGCCCGGAAAAGCCGAUGGUGAUUUGAUAGAUUUGUUUUUGAAAGAAAUCUAUGAGAGAAAAGCCGACUCUUCAAUAUUCAAUGAGGAUCAAUUGUUCAUAAUCCUAUUGGAUUUACUGAUCGCUGGUUUGAUGACAACGUCGGCGACCCUCGAAUUCGUGUUUCUUCGUAUGACAGUUAAUCAGGAAGUUCAGCGUCGAUUGCACGAAGAACUCGAUCGUGUGAUCGGACGAGAACGCCUUCCGGAACUCAAGGAUCGACCGAAUUUGCCGUAUGCCGCAGCCGUACUCACGGAAUCUCAACGAACGCGGACGGUCCUACCAAUCAUUGGCCCGAGACGCGCGAUGUGCAGGACGCAUCUCGGAGGUUACAACAUACCGAAGGAUUCUUGUCUCCUUCUCAACAUCUUCAGUAUUUUCAUGAACCCGAAUUAUUAUCCGGAGCCGGACUCCUUCAAACCGGAAAGAUUCUUGAAAGAUGGGGCAUUCGUUCACGAUGAAAAACUCGUAUUCUUCGGCGGAGGCCACAGAAGGUGCCCUGGUGAGGCCGAGACGAAAGCAACUCUUUUCUUGUUCUUCGUCGGUAUCAUGCACCGCUUUCAAUUGUUACCGAAACCGGGAGAGGGCCUUCCGGACACUGAGCCAUCGCAGGGACUCAUGAUGUCACCGAAACCGUACGAAAGUCUGUUCGUUCCUCGUCACCGAAUCGAUAAUUCUGCCUAAAAUCUCAACCCCUGUUCAUUCGCAAUUGUGAUAUACCAAAGCGGAUGAAAAAUUUAAUUGGAUUGAAUCGAGCAAUUUUCCAGAUUGCCUUUGACCAACAAAUAUUAUCUUGUUUUUAUUUGUUUCCGGAAGAACUUGGAUAGAAUAAAUAAUGGUAUUUUUUUCCGAUUCUAAAGCGCGGGACCGUUGCCAAAUCUUGAGUAUACUGAUACGAUUCUUUAUUUUGACACUUCUCAUUAAUGCCCAUCUUGUGUCGAUAUAGUUCUGCUGAUGCAGAAUGAAAACAUUUGCUCGAAGAAAAAGGUCGAUAAUAGAAAAAAAUUCUGGAAAUUGAGAUUUGCAAAUUGCUCCCUCAAGAUAGUCAAGAUGCACGAUGCUCAAA